AAGAAUUUUUGUGAAACAAGAAUAGAAAAUGGUUACCACAUUUGGCCCCGACGAAGUUGGACUGGAAGACAAGACCACUUGUGCUGCAAUCAGAGCCGAUCUCAAGACAUGUCUUCUGCAAAGUGAUUGCUGCAGAAAGGAUAAGAAAUCUCCUAGAGAAUGUCUUAAGCUAGGCAUAGUGCCAGACGAGUGUCUUCAACUACGAAAAAUAUUUUUUGAAUGUAAGCGAUCAUUGUUGGACAACCGGAGGCGCUUCAGAGGACAUCGGGGAUACUAAAGUAUGAGCUGUGAUUUUGUUAGUAUUAGAUAGAUCUUUAAUUUUAAUGAUAUGAAAUUGUUGAAUAAAUUUGUGUUAUUUUAAUA